AUGUCAGGUAACAAUACCUGCGUGACUGAAUUUUCCUGUGCCGAUAGUCCCCUGUCAACGACCGGGAAUAUCAUCGGAAUCCUCACACUCGCAUACGCAGUCUUCGUUACGGUCGUCUUCCAAGCGAAUGCACUAGCUAAUGUAGACAAGGAGAUCAAAGAGUUGGGUCUGCGCCUGGAGGCAGAAUAUGAAUCUCUGAAACGAACAUCUGAGAUGUUUCAGGAAUUCAAAGACAGAAUUCCCGAGGCGAUUGCAAGCAAGGUCGACUUCGUUACAACACAUGCUGCCAGUAUCAUUACACAUCAUAAAUUCAUCAUACUAUUACCUGAGGCUUAUGGAUAUAAAUGGGUACCAUGGUCAAUACGACGUCUGCUCAGAAGGAAUACCUUUCUUAGGAACAAACGAAAACUGGACAGCGCUCUCGGAACUGCUAUUGAGAAAAGAUUGGAGAUUGAGGGAAUUUAUAGCAGUGCUUUUAAUAGGUUGGUUGAUAUUGUCUUUCGAACUAUCAUCAUGCUUCUAGUCCGCUCAUUAUUCGAGGUAUUCAGGCUUGUUAUCGAGGAGAUCGAUACGCAGAAUUCAAUGAUCAGUCAACAAUACGAUAUGAUACGAGCUCAGAAUCUGAUUCUUGAGCAGAUCAUGGGCGCUCUUCAACCCAGUCACCCUAUCCUCCCUGGUGUUGCUCAUGUCCGUGGUGACGAAGAUCCAAGCGCUCCACCUUCUGGAUCCGAGAGAUUUGAAGGUACUUGA